AUGGUCAACGAAUGGAGCAGCCUCACCGAGCAACCGAUCCUUGCCAUCAAGUCAGGCACAUGCCCCAAUGUCGUUGCCGAUUCGACACGCCAUCUCCAACAAAGCGUACAAGAGCAUCUCACUCACCUUGACAACCGUGCAAGAGCCUUGGCAAACAGCGCCAACUUUGAAGCAGCCCUAAAUGACGUUGCUAGGAUACGACAACUGGUUCCUUCUUCGGCAAUGGGAUACUUGUGUGGAGGUCACGUGUAUUCGCUUCAAGGACAUCAAAAGGCGGCGAUUGACGUUUAUGAUCAAGGGCUGGCUGCUGUUUCAUCAUCGGAUCCCUCUCAUCAACGACUUGUCGAAGCACGAUCGAUGGCUCAAGAGAGAGAUAGCAUAUGCAUCGAUUUCAUCAAGGAGUUCCCUAUUGAUAUCAUUGAGAACAUUGCACCAAGAAUCUUGUGUGAAGGAAUGAUAGCACCGAAUGAAAUACGACAAUACCUUGACGUGUCACGUGUAUGGCGAGAACGACUUUUGCUGUGCAUACGAGAACUGCACCUUGAAAGCAUGGCCGAUGAUGAUCUUGCCGAUGAUGAUGAUUUACUUGAGCAGGUUGCACCCCAUUGCACUGCACUUACGCUCCAAAUUAAGGCACAUGGACUCCCUCGACUCGUGUCAAAAACACAGUUUCCUUCAUUACAGACUUUGAUCGCAAACGUUCCACGUGCUAAUGACGAUGACGACGAUGACUCUAAUCCUGGUAUCGCUGCUCUUGUAUCGUUGGGGUCAACCUUGACACACUUGGAAAUCACGACAUCGGCAUACGGUGUUUGGCUUGGUGAAAUUCUCAGCAGCUGCCCGAACCUCGUGCAUUUGCAGAUGGACAGUGUAGAUACUGAUAUGGAUAAAGGACCUGAAUGUCAUCCUAAUCUCAAGAGACUGCUGUUUUUGCUGUAUGAUGAAGACUCGGAUAUCGAUGAUAUUACCAAGCGAUUACCUGGAUUGGAAGUAUUUGUAGCGAAUCCUUUUUAUGAGACCGAAGACUUGAAGAUUCUCCAAGACAAUUGCCCAAAUCUCAAAGUCGUUGGGUGCAAUGAUUAUGAUGCGUCUUAUUUUUACGUACCUACUACUACCACCACCACCAGGAGAAGCCAAAACUAUGGUGAUCAGCAGGAUUGUAUCGGUGUGCAUACAUUUUACGUUGAUUGUUAUGAGUACGUCUACUGGACGGUGGAUCUCAAGGACGUCAUGGAUUUUAUGAGACGCAACAGCCACACUUUGCAACAUGUCUACUUUUACAUUGACCUGGGUGGAGGUGACGACAAUGUACCCAUCCUUAACCAUGUAAUUCAAGCUGCUGACGGUGCUCUCUUCAAGUCCAUGACAACUUUCGUCAAUUGUAUAGGCGACUAUAGUGAUAUACUAUUAACAAGAUGGGUUGUACGAGAAUCUCCCCAUUUAAAGGAAAUCAAACUAAUCUUAAGUCGGUGUUAUCGGCCGCAUGAGAUCGACACAAGCGCAUUAUUCGACGAUCUGAUUGGCCAUUGCGAACUUGAGUCUGUCAUUUUUGAAUUGCAUGGAAAUCCUACCACGAUGGAUAUGGAAGGCGCUGAACGAUUUAUUCGAUACCAUGUCACCUUUGAUUCUUUACUGCAUACAUUAACUCUUCCCAAGCACACACGACUUUCCAAGGAUGCAUUGGAUGUAUUGGCAAGGUUGCCACGACUUAGGAACUUGAGUUUCUGCUGGCCUUUGAUGAAGGAGGAUCAAGAGGAGGAGGGUGACCAUGAAAAGUGCUCUGAUUUUAUUGGCAAGUUAGAUCGACUGCAACAUUUGGAGAUAUGUAGCGAUGAGCUUGUCCCUGACGACGUCUUUUUACAGCUAUCCAAGCUAAACAUCAUCUCACUUAACUUAUACAUACCCAUCUUGAAGCUUCCCACGCCGACCAUUUUAUUGAGCCUGCUGCAAUGCCCAAAUUUACAAAAGCUGUUUGUUAAUCAUUUCAUUCGUGAAGAGGAACCACUCAUUUACGAGAUUAGGAACAUGUUAGAAAACAAGAUAGAGAAAGUGCACUUUCGUAAAUACACAUGGUGGACGUACAGUGCCCACUACAUUCAGUGA